CUGCAGUGCGCUUGCGCUGUCUGCGGAGACUCCGUGCUGGUCAAUUGUAUUUGUGUGUGAAUUCGGCUUCCGGAGCCGGAGUUUGUAACGGCCACAGGAAACACAUUACAUUGAAUUAAAACAAAAAAAACAAACAAAAAAAAACAACAGUAACAAACAUCGGGGAACUGGACAAAGAAUCUGAAAUCCGAAACCAUAAUCUGCCACGGGGCCUACUCAAGCACAUUAUAAGGAGCUUAGAUCGGCUACUUUGCCGAAAUGAAUUAAUGAGCGCAAUGGAAGAGAUGAGUUAGCUUGGCAGGAGGACAUCAGUGGGUGUAAAUUCUGUGUGUCCAAGCAGGAGGCACCCGGAAGGGAAGAGGCUGCAGCAGCUGCUGCUGUCCUGAUCUCUCUGCUCUAUAGUACUAUCCAGAGAGCGGGACCCGGCAAACAGUGCAUCUCAAAGAGAAAAAUAAUAAGGAGGUACUGAUGUCAAAACAUGUUUGCCUUUGUGUACAAGGUUCACAUUUAACUGCAGAAGACGGGCCUUACUAGGCACUGACGCUGGCUUGCAUUGAUGUAGGUGUGUUGCCGAGGAUCCUCCCACCUGACUACCUCGGGUUCCCAGUAAUGUGCUGUGUCAUCCCCAGUCUCCACAGGAACUCUGCAGACUCCCUUCGAAAGUCUCCGGAGGAAAGGCUUAGACACCUAAUCGAUCUGGAAUGACCAGGGAACUGGCUCUGAAUCCCAAACUAGUCUGCUGAUUCAAGGGACCUUGCAGAACAGAGCACAUCAUCCAGCCUUUGGCUUCUCAAACAGAGAAAAAAAAAGCAGACAUUCAUACCUGAUUGUCCAUCCGCAUUAAUCGCCAGCGACCAAAAGCUUAUUUUGUUUUUGGGGUUCCUGGGCUUGUCUCUCUUUUUCUCUGUGAUUCGACUCGGGUGGGAUUGAUGGGAUGCAAUCAUGUCCGAUCCGAAUGAGCUCAGGCCAGUCAAUGCUCAGUAUGCUGUCUCCUUGCUGGAGCAGCUGAAAUUCUUCUAUGAACAGAAGUUAUUGACUGACAUUGUGUUAAUUGUGGAGGGCACUGAAUUCCCUUGUCAUAAAAUGGUCCUGGCAACAUGCAGCUCUUAUUUCAGGGCCAUGUUCAUGAGUGGACUCAGUGAAAGUAAACAGACACAUAUUCACAUGCGGAACGUGGACCCAGUCACUCUUCAGAUUAUCAUUACCUAUGCAUACACGGGUAACCUUGCAAUAAACGACAGCACUGUAGAGCCUCUAUACGAGACUGCCUGCUUCUUACAGGUAGAAGAUGUAUUACUUCGAUGCCGGGACUAUUUAGUCAAAAAAAUUAAUGCAGAGAACUGCGUGAGAAUGUUGAGCUUUGGAGACCUUUUCAGCUGCAAUGAACUGAAGCAGAGUGCCAAACAGAUGGUGGAACACAAAUUUGCUGUGGUGUACCGGCACGAGGCUUUCCUGCAACUGUCCCAUGAGCUUCUGAUUGACGUGCUGUGCAGCGACAAUCUCAAUGUGGAGAAAGAAGAGACGGUGCGGGAGGCAGCCAUGCUGUGGCUGGAGUAUAACACUGAGUCACGCUCCCAGUACCUCUCAUCGGUUCUCAGUCAGAUCCGCAUUGAUGCUCUUUCAGAGGUAACGCAGCGAGCUUGGUUCCAGGGCCUACCGCCCAACGACAAAUCUGUGGUGGUCCAGGGCCUAUACAAGUCCAUGCCCAAGUUCUUUAAGCCCAGGCUGGGCAUGACCAAGGAGGAGAUGCUAAUCUUCAUUGAGGCGGCUGCUGAGACCCCUGGCGACAACCAUGGUGGCUGCAACACUCACUCAGCUGUUUGCUACAGCCCUCAGGCUGAGAAGGUUUACAAGCUGUGCAAUCCACCUGGCGACCUCCAAAAAGUGGGCACCCUGGUGACCCCUGACAACGAUAUCUACAUAGCCGGGGGCCAGAUCCCACUGAAGAAUUCUAUCGCUAAUCACAGCAAAACUAGCAAGCUUCAGGCAGUCUUCCGGCCGGUGGACAGCUUCUACUGGUUCGACGCCCAGCAGAACACUUGGAUCCCUAAGACACCCAUGCUAUGUGCCCGUAUCAAGCCUUCUGUUGUCUACUGUGAGGGCUACAUCUAUGCAAUAGGAGGCGACAAUGUUGGUGGAGAACUGAACAAGCGGACAGUGGAGCGAUAUGACUGCGAAAGGGACGAAUGGACAAUGGUGAGCCCCUUGCCCUGUGCCUGGACCUGGAGUACCUCAGUGGUGGCUCACGACUGUAUCUAUGUCAUGACCCACAACUUGAUGUACUGCUACUUCCCCCGGGCUGACACCUGGGUGGAGAUGGCCAUGCGCCAGACCAGUCGCUGCUUUGCCUCGGCUGCCACCUUUGGAGACUUUAUCUUCUACAUUGGCGGUCUACAUAUUGUUAGCAACUCAGGCAUCCGACUGCCCACUAGCACAGUGGACGGCUCAUCUGUGGCUGUGGAGAUCUACGAUGUCAACAAGAAUGAGUGGCGGACAGCAGCCAACAUCCCCGCCAAGCGCUACUCUGACCCCUGUGUGCGGGCUGUGGUAAUCGUGAACUCCAUGUGCAUCUUCAUGCGGGAGACGCACAUGAACGAAAGGGCCAAGUACGCCAUCUACCAGUAUGACCUAGAGCUGGACCGCUGGUUCCUGCGGCAGCCCAUUUCUGAACGGGUCCUCUGGGACCUGGGCAAAGACUUCCGCUGUACAGUCGGCAAAUUGUACCCUUCCUGUCUUGAGGAGUCCCCCUGGAAACCCCCGACCUACCUGUUCUCUCCUGAUGGUGCAGAAGAGUUUGAGCUGGACGGCGAGAUGGUGACGUUGCCCCGCGUAUAGCUUUUAGCUAAACUAACUCUGCACCCUUAACUGGUAUAUUGGGGGGGGGGGGGGGGGGGUGCUUGGUUAAUAAAUCUUACAGAAAAGCUGGAAAAUCCAUUUACAGAAGGCAAUUUCAUCCUAUACAAAUAUAUACAACACACAAGUACAUUGGUCCAUUUCAUCCCAGUCCCACCUCACCCCCUUCCCCUCAUCCACCCUUUAUAACUCUCCAAAUGGCAUGUCCCAGAAAGAUUUAUAAAACAAUUAAAAAAGAAAAUGUAGUUCCCUUUUUAAAAAUAUUUUAGAUAUUGUCAGUUCUGUGUAAUGAAAACAGGUCAAUUGUACUGUUACAAUGUGAGCUAUGAACGGAUUCUUAUGCACUUACCGACUACUCCUUUUAUUAUGUUGGCAACAGAACCAAAACCUCUUCCUGGAAAAUCAUGUGACAGCAACAAUGGAUUGGAACGGGCCUAUAUGACUGCAGGUUCAGUCAAAAGCAGGUUCUUGCUGUUAGAUGCAUGUUCUCCUGAUGUCAUUAACUCUUUAGCCUGUUUAUUUAGAUACAGGUCUUCCAAGCAUCUGGCAGUUUAACGUUUAAAGUAUGGACUCUGAAGUUGCUGGGCUUGCAAUAGGAUUAGCCAACCUCGAUUAGUGCGGGUCUUGAUGUGGAGCUCUCUUCAGUAAAUUCCUGCACUUUCUGUAUUACAGUAAUAUGGGCUCAUGCAUAUUAUUUCCUGCUGCUGAUUUUUUUUAUAUAUAUAUAUAUAUAUAUAUAUAUAUAUAUAUAUAUAUAUAUAUAUAUAUAUAUAUAUA